GAUUAUGAGUUCGAUUUCAACGAAAUUGAACACAAUUCUUCCUUUACAGCUAAGCAACAAAUAUACUUUAUCUGGCCAUGAAAUGAGGUGGAUACUAUGACAGAUCCUUGCACACCGGGUUAUUAUUUUAUUGCACAGUCAAGUAGAUGAAGAGGAAUUUUAAAAGCCUUACAGCCAUCUGAUGCUUAGGGUAAUUUUUGUGCAGCAGGCAACAUGAAUAAUACAUCUUCAGAUUUGAAAUCUGGAUACAAGUUUGAAGAUGAUCUUGCUUGUCUGACUGAAAUGUUUCCUUGUGUGGACGGUAAAGUAUUGAGGAAUUACUUAGAAAUCUUCUCCGACCAAGAUAACUACUUAUCAGUUAUCAUUGACAUGCUGCUUCAAGGGGACAACAUUGUUGGGUCAAAUCCUGCUCAAAAUUCAACUCAAAAAAAAAGUAGCACAAAACUGAAAACAGUAGUUAAAGGUGAAAAUAGUUCAUGCAGUGUAGAAGCUGGUGCAUUAGAGCUUUCAUCCAAAAAAUUACAGAGAAGAGAUUCCAGUGGCAGUGAAACUGAUAAUUUACCUGCAAUGUUAGGAGAGGAUGAAAUUGAUGUUAACACCAAUGUGUUAAGUAACAAUGAAAGUGAAUCAUUUACAACUUGUUCCAAAAACUCUGACAAGAAAGGAGUGAGAUCUAUCACAUCAUCAAAGUGUAUAUCCGAUGACAAUGAUUGUGACAUAGCUUUUGUAAAAUGUGUGGCAAGCCCAACAAGACAACCAUUUCAGCGCACUAGGAACUGCAUCAGUAUCUCGGGUACAAUUUCACCUUCACAGCAUAAAGGUAUUUGUAUACGCUACAAAGGUGGUGUUCUUCACCCAUCAAUGAAUAAACCUAAAAAGCUGCAGAUUGUCGAAAUUGAUGCUGAUGAAAAAAAUUGUGCAGGCAAGAGUAAUACCCAGUCUCUAUCAAAUAGAGAUCAGUCUAAAACCGGCCAAUCACCUGGAAGAAAAACACAAAGUAUUGUAAAGCCUUCCUGUACAAAGACUUCCACAGUGGUUCAGUGUGUGGAACCUUCAGAUUCAAGCAAGGAUGUGCAAACGGUUGAAGAAAUCAGAAGCAGCAAGGAAGGGCUAUCAGUCUCAGCCUCUUUAAGUGAUUUGGAGAUUUUGAAAAAGGUAUUCCCUGAUGCAGACCCCACUCAAAUCACUUUGCUGUUGGAGAAGUAUGCCAAUGAACCUAACAAAGUUGCAAUGGUUGGUAAGGAACUUGGAAACAAGCCCGAUGCACAGGCACAACAAUUGAAAAGGAAAGUUCCAUUACCAAGGGUGGCAUGGUUUUGGGAGUCAGACGAUAACAAGUUGGUUCCAUUUACUGAUUCUGAAUGCAAUGUGUUAGAAAAAGAAUUCCUAAACUGCAAGUCAGAUCAUUCUGGAGUUGCGUCUGACAGGGUAACAGGUAUUAAACUGCCAGGAUCAACUAAAAGUGUCAAAGUUAAUUUUUUAAAAAUGACAAUGGCUUGCAGCAGCAAUGGAACAAAGAGCCACAUCUUUCGAGUUCCAGAAGGAAAUGAAGAAAACAUCAGUGGCAAACGUUUGAUACCGCAAGAAGCCCUUACAGUCCCAAGUGACUGGCAGCAACAGAAGAGCAAUGGUGCAGAAUUAGUAAGAGUGCGUCCAGGUUCAGCCGAGUGGGAUCAUGUUCAGGGAAGUUUGAAGAGGAGUCUUAGGAAGGCAAAAGUGGUUGAUAUACAGCGGGUUCAGAACAAGUGGCUUUACAGGAAAUAUGCCAUACAGCGUCAUUUGAUGAAGGAGAAAAAUGGAUCUGCAUCCAUCAAUGAAAAAGAGCUGUUCCAUGGCACCAGAGAAACAAGUCCUGAAGCCAUCUGGAGAGGUGAAGAUGGGUUUGACAUGCGUUAUUCUGCUGACGGCCUUUGGGGGCGUGGUACCUAUUUUGCCUGUGAGGCUUCAUAUAGCCAUCAUGGAUUUGUGUACCAAGAUGCUCAAACACAACACUUUCAGCUAUUCCUUGCCCAUGUUCUCACUGGAGAUAGUAUAUCUUUACCUCCUGACCGCAGUCUGAAAAUGCCUCCGCUAAAGGCAGGGUCCAAUAUCCGUUAUGACAGCAUCAACGGGUUCAGCAAUAACUGUAAUGUAUACAUUCUCUAUAAACUUGACAUUGCAUAUCCUGCAUAUCUUAUCACAUAUACAAUGACUAACAAUAGAUGAUAGAUUGCAAUAAGUUGUGGUCACAACCUGAGAUUUAAUCCUUUAACUCCUAAGAUCUGAUUAUUAAUUCUCCCUUCUAGCUGCUCCACAUUUCCUUGUGAAUUAGUUGCAAGAAGUUCGUGUUAAAUCAAGUUAACAACCUCUAUCAGAUGAGUUUGAGUAUUCUCAUUAUCUGUUUGCUGGAGAGUGCAUGGAUAUUAUAGAGAGAAUAUAAAUGUUAAUCAGUUCUGGGAGUUACAGGGUUGAAGUUCUGACAAUUGUAUCACUCAGCCAUUUUCCUGUUGAUGAUGUUGAUACUAACAUUACCCUUUAACUCCCAGAUCAAAUUUGUACUUCUCCUUACUGUCAACCAUACAAUUCUCAUGAUGUUAGUUCUGAGAAUUUAGUAUUGGAUCAACCAAUCAUCCCCAAAUUGAUAGUUAUCUAUAUUCUCAUCACCUAUCUGGUUAACAUUGUAUUGAUAUUGUAAGGAGAAAUUCUUUCUUUGUCACUCAUGGGAGUUAAAGGGUUAAAGUAAAAAUAAAAAUAUUUUUAAGCUUGCAAAGAGGUUAAUAAUUUUAUACUUUCAAACUUAAAAUUAGUUGUGAAAAUGAUAACUUUUUAAAUAAUCAAAAAACAGUUUUAUCAAUUCCAUAGCAGUUGCAGUUUUGUUUAGACUAAUGGUUGUAUGUUUUUCUUAACAAGAUGAGAGAAUUUUAGACAAAAAGAGACAAAUUCAAAAUAGAUGUUAGCUAAGACAGUUUAGGUCAAAUUGGAAAUGUUGCAUUUUAAGAUAUAGUUUAUUUAGAUCAAUAUCAGUAUCUGGGCAACU